CGGUUUUUGAAGUGGAUCCAACCUACGCAGUCAUUGGUCAUUAAUUCUGCUACAAUUUAUUAGCCAAUCAGCACUAAGGAUCGCAUUCAGUGUCAUAAAGCGGAUUAAAAAAAAAAUCAAUAUGACUAUCACAUUUGAGCAAAUGAAAUUAUGUCUACAGCAGCAACAACAGCAAUUCCUAGCCUCUCAAGAACAAAUGCUGGAAACAAUAAUGUCAAAAAUUGCUAUCCAGUCCAGAGUAACUCCUGAAGAAAAAGGAAUAGAGUUAUCACUCAGUUCAGUUCCAGAAUUUAUUUUUGAUGCAGAGAAUGGCCAUACAUUUGAAUCAUGGUUCGGUAGAAUAGAAGAUCUUUUUCAAGUGGAAUAUAAACAUAUAGAUGACGCGAAGAAGGUGCGUUUAUUAACACAAAAACUUGGUCAGCAUGAAUAUUCUAAAUACAAGAAUUAUAUCCUCCCACGACAUCCAAGAGAUCUGACAUUUAAUGAAACUAUUGACAUUUUAAAUGCAAUAUUCUGUGAACCAGCAUCUUUAUUUCAUAUUCGUUAUAAAUGCCUUCAAUUGACAAAAGAUGCAGAUGAGGAUUAUUUGUCUUAUGCAAGCAGAA